UAUAAAUGCUCCUGCUGCAUCGACCCACCAGCUACUACUGCUACACACAGACAGCACGAAUUAAGCUCGCUCGCUCGCUCAGCAGCAAAAGGCAACAAGACAAACGAGCCUUUCUUUCUCCGAGACCUAGCAACUCCGUUGGCUGGCUCCCGAUCGAUCCAGUAUUCCAGUCCUUGUUUACGAACGAGUUCGUCGUCGCGUGUUUUUGUUCAGAUGGCACCAGUGUAUGCUGCCGGGGACCUCGGCGCCAACAACGGCUCCGGCCUGACGACGCUGAAUAACGCGGUGGCGCGGCGGACGCUCAGCCGCGGCGCGUCGACGCUGGGGCUGGGCUCGCCCAGGUCGCCUCCGCCGGCCUACGGGAGCAUCGUGACCGUGCUGAGCAUCGACGGCGGUGGCGUGCGCGGGAUCAUCCCGGGCACCAUCCUCGCCUUCCUCGAGGAGAAGCUGCAGGAGUUCGAUGAGCGGCCGGACGCGAGGCUCGCGGACUACUUCGACGUGAUCGCCGGGACCAGCACCGGCGGCCUGGUCACCGCCAUGCUCACGGCGCCCAACAAGGAGGGCCGUCCGCUAUUCGCCGCCAAGGACAUCAACGACUUCUACCUCGAGCACUGCCCCAAGAUCUUCCCGUCCGGCAGCGGCGGCCCUAUGGGAUUGUUCAAGAGCAUGGCAGGACCCAAGUACGACGGCAAGUACCUCCACUCCAUCGUCCGGGAGCUCCUCGGCGACACCAGGGUCAGCGAGGCGCUCCAGAACAUCGUCAUCCCCGCCUUCGACAUCAAGCUGCUCCAGCCCACCGUCUUCUCCAGAUACGACGCCAUGAUCGACGUCUCCAAGGACGCUCUGCUCUCGGACGUGUGCAUCAGCACGUCGGCGGCGCCGACCUACCUUCCAGGCCACCAGUUCGAGACCACGGACAAGGACGGCAAGGCCCGUGCCUUCAACCUCAUCGACGGAGGCGUCGCAGCGAACAACCCGACGCUGCUGGCGAUGACGCACGUGAGCAAGCAGAUCCUGCUGGGCAACCAGGACUUCUUCCCGGUGAAGCCCGCGGACUACGGCAAGUUCAUGGUGCUGUCCCUCGGCACCGGCUCCGCCAAGGUGGAGGAGAAGUUCGACGCCGUGCAGAGCAGCAAGUGGGGCAUCCUCGGCUGGCUCUACAACAAGGGCGCCACGCCCAUCAUCGACAGCUUCAGCCAGGCCAGCUCCGACCUCGUCGACAUCCACGCCUCCGUGCUCUUCCAGGCGCUGCACUGCAGCAAGCGGUACCUCCGCAUCCAGGACGAUGAGCUCACGGGAGAAACGUCGUCUGUUGACGUGUCCACCGUGGAGAACCUGAACCGCCUCGUCGACGUCGGCAAGGGGCUGCUGAAGAAGCCGGCGUGCAAGGUGAACAUCGAGACCGGGAAGAACGAGCCGGACGGACACAGGGGCACCAAUGAGGAGGAGCUCAUCCUUUUCGCCCGGAUGCUGGUAGAUGAGCGACGGGCAAGACUUCAGAAGAAAGGCAACAACGCACUGUAAAAUGGAUGGGCUAGGAUACUCUCGUGUCAAAUACUUGUGCAGGAUAUAGAUUAUUACAUGAUAUAUAGCAUGUAUAUAUAUAAGUAUGCUCUAUAAUUAUAUUCAUUCCUUUAUAUAUCCUAAAAAGCGUAUUAUGUUUGUACUCAAUAUGUUGAAAAUAGCAACGCAUAUUUCAAGCUUCUAAAA